AUGACAUCUCAAGACGUACGCUCCAUCCUCAACCUCUCCCAAUCGAGGGAUGCCCCUCAUGUUGCCGCUAGAAAACCUAUAAACGCUUUCAAAAAGCCUGAGGGUUUAUCCCGUGAGCUCUACGCGCUGAUAGGGGACAACGCUCCCUCUCUCGCCGAAGCUCAAGCUUCACUCGCAGCCGUCAAAUACCGCAAUCGUCCAAAGGCCAACACAGUGGUCAGCAAAUGGCAACAGGCGACUUUCACUCCAGCAUCAAGGGAACCAUCAUUGAGGUUAAAACAUUGGAUUAAAGCCGACGUUCAAGAUGAUCCUGUCGUAUCUUAUUUUGGUCAAUUCAAUCAUUCCGGACCAUCAGUCAUGGAGUAUAGUCAAUACGAGUACGAUCAAUUCCUUUCCGACCCCUCUUGGACCCCACACGAGACGGCGUAUCUGUUUGAUCUUUUACGCGCGUAUGAUCUCCGUUUCGUGGUGAUAGCGGACCGGUAUGAGUAUUCAGGAUCGAAAGACGAUGGGUCUCCUGCAAAGCGUAGUAUUGAGGAUAUCAAAGAAAGGUAUUACUCCAUCUGUAGACGAUUGGUGAGAAGUCGGACUGCCACAGAUUUGAGAUCCCAACAGCAGCAACUGGAAACGUAUUCGUUUGACAAGUCUCGGGAGAUCAGACGGAAACAAUAUGCUUCGGAGUUAUUCCACCUCACAGCGAGAGAAAUCGCGGAAGAAGAAGCGCUUUAUGUCGAAGUGAAACGGAUGGAACAAGUUCAGAAACGUUAUCGGUCGGAUCGGGACCAAUUGCUUCGUUCCAUCAUCGGCGUGGAGAGUGGUCUGGUCAAUGUGGACCAUGAGACUGCAGAUGGUGGUCUUCCAUUCGAUAGAAAGCGGAAAAGACGUCCGGAAGGAGCAGAAGGCGGAGAAGAUUCCGUGAAUCAGGAUGGGAAAAAGUCCAAAGCGACGGCUCACGAAGAUGGUGUUCGAUGUAUCUAUCGCGUGUCCAACCCGGAAUCAAACCCGGGAUCAACACCUUCAGCGACGAAACAUGCCACUCAUAAUCCCGUCUUUCUACGCUCUACGAAACUACCCGUUCCCAAGGCCAACGCUACCAUACGCAUCACCGAAAUCCUCACAGAGCUGGGGGUUAGCACUCAGAAACUAGUCAUGCCCACUCGGACAAAUAUCGAAAUGUUGGAAGCGGUGUUCAAUGCUGCUGCAGGGGUGAUCGAGAUGAAGCGGCAGGUCGACCGAGUGGAACAAGAAUUGAGGACGCUUCGAGCGCAGAAGGAGGGUUUUGUACCUCCUCCGGAAAAUGUCAGGCGGGCUGUGAGUCGACUCAUUGGAAAGGGGACUAGUGACUAA